AAGUGUAAUAAGUCAUUCAGUGAGAAGAGUAAUCUCAAGACACAUCAGCGCAUACACAGUGGGGAGCAGCCAUUUUGCUGUGAUGUGUGUAAUAAGACAUUCGGUGUGCACAGUAGUCUGAAGAAACAUAAGCGCAUUCAUAGUGGGGAGCGGCCAUUUAUAUGUGACAUUUGUACUAAGUCAUUCCGUCAGCAAAGUAGUCUGAAGAGACAUCAGUCCAUGCAUAGUGGUGAACAGCCAUUUAGAUGUGAUGUUUGUAAUAAGUCAUUCAAUCGGCAAUGUAGUCUGAAGAGACAUCAGCCCAUACAUAGUGGUGAGCGGCCAUUUAGAUGUGAUGUGUGUAAUAAGUCAUUCAAUCAGUUGGAUCAUCUGAAGAAGCAUCAGCACAUACACAGUCGGGAUCACCCAUUUUGUUGUGACAAAUGUAAUAAGUCGUUCAGUGAGGAGAGUAAUCUGAAGACACAUCAGCGCAUACAUAGUGGGGAACGGCCAUUUUGCUGUGAUGUGUGUAAUAAGACAUUCGGUUUGCAGAGUAUUCUGAAGAAACAUAAGCUCAUUCAUAGUGGGGAACGGCCAUUUAUAUGUGACAUGUGUAAUAAGUUAUUCCGUCAGCAAAGUAGUCUGAAGAGACAUCAGCCCAUACAUAGUGGGGAGCAGCCAUUUUGCUGUGAUGUCUGUAAUAAGACAUUCGGUUUGCAGAGUAUUCUGAAGAAACAUAAGCUCAUUCAUAGUGGGGAACGGCCAUUUAUAUGUGACAUGUGUAAUAAGUUAUUCCGUCAGCAAAGUAGUCUGAAGAGACAUCAGUCUAUGCAUAGUGGUGAGCGACCAUUUAGAUGUGAUGUGUGUAAUAAGUCAUUCAGUCAGCAAAGUAAUGUGAAGAGACAUCAGCUCAUACAUAGUGGUGAA